UAAAGAGUUCUAAUUAUUUAUCAAUCAUGCAGCGGCUUUGCGUCUUGUUAUUUGUCUUCGCAUGUGUGACCUUAAGCUCUGGUGUUGAAGGAAUUGGUGUGAACUAUGGGCUCUUGGGAAAUAAUCUGCCACCACCGGCCCAAGUAAUUAAUCUCUUAAAGUCCAAAAACAUCCAAAACAUACGAAUUUUCGAUCCAAACCAAGACGUGCUAAAGGCCCUAGAGGGUUCUGGCAUUUCCAUAAUUCUUGGUACCCGAAACGAAGACUUGCAAGCACUUGCAAGUGAUCCAACUUUUGCAACAAAUUGGGUAGUCACUAACAUUAUUCCACAUACUUCAAAUGUCAAAUUCACAUGCAUAUCAGCAGGUAAUGAAGUCAUACCUGGACCAUUAUCAACUUUUGUACUAGGAGCCAUGCAAAAUCUAGACUCGGCACUGAAAGCCAACAACCUUAACAUACCCGUUUCAACGGCAGUCCCAUUACAAGUGUUAGGAACCUCGUAUCCUCCUUCGAACGGAGCAUUCUCCGAGGAUUCCAUUCAAUUCCUUAAACCAAUUGCACAAUUUUUAGCUACAAAGAAAUAUCCGUUACUUGCUAACGUCUAUCCUUAUUUUGCCUAUUCGGGAAAUUCUGCUCAAAUUCAAUUAGACUAUGCACUUUUAAAAAACACUGCUCCAAUUUCAAGUGAUGGCCAAUUCCAAUACAACAACAUGUUUGAUGCAAUGGUGGACUCUCUAUAUGCUGCAUUAGAGAAAGUUGGACAACCAGCGGUAGAUGUUGUGGUUACAGAGACAGGGUGGCCGAGUGCUGGUGAUGUUUAUGCAACUAAAGACAAUGCUCAAACAUAUGCAAACAAUUUGAUUGCACACGUUUCUUCUGGACAAGGAACUCCUAGGAGGCCUGGCAAAGUUUUGGAGACAUACAUUUUUGCUCUCUUCAACGAGAACCAAAAGCCCGCUGGUACCGAGGAAAAUUUUGGUUUAUUCUACCCCGAUAUGACUGAAGUUUACCACGUCAACUUAACACCCUAGAGAAUUAAUGUGUAUAUAACUCUAUAUACAGCAUAGGCACCAACACAUCAAUUGUUUCCUCCAUAGGGAUUAGAUAAUUUUCCAAUAUUACCACUACUUCGUUUUCUUAAUCUUUGUAUUUACUUAUGUUUCGAUGUAUGAUGUAUCGAUUCAAAGAAUUGGCAAAAGAUUAUAGAUAUGCACAC